AUGGCUAACGAUUUAAAAGAAAUUAUCGAUAUAGUCAGGAAAUGCAAAAUUCUACUUCUAGACAUCGAGGGAACGACAACAUCGAUCAGCUUUGUUAAGGAUAAGUUGUUCCCAUAUGCUGAGGAAAAUGUCAAGAAGUUCCUGGAGAGCCAGUGGGACAAUGAAGAUGUGAAGGAGGCCGUGAUUGCGCUGAGGAAGCUAGCCCUUGAAGAUCAGGAAAAGAAAGUUGAGGGCGUUGUUGCUAUUCCUGGAGAGAACUCCUCCAAAGAAGAUCAGAUUGAGGGGCUAGUAAACAAUGUGAAGUGGCAAAUGUCUUCGGACCGUAAAGAAGGUGCUCUCAAGCAAUUGCAGGGACUAAUUUGGAAGCAGGGUUAUGAGAAUGGUGAAAUUAAGGGGCACGUUUACGAUGACGUUAUGCCAGCUCUGGAGCAAUGGCGCUCGGUUGAUGGGCAGAAGGUGUACAUAUACUCGUCUGGUUCGGUGCAGGCUCAAAAACUCUUAUUUGGACAGUCUCUUGCUGGUGAUCUGCUCAAAUUUAUAGAUGGCCAUUUCGAUACUGCGGUCGGUGCUAAACAAGAAGUGUCAAGUUAUAAGGCUAUUGUGGAAAAGAUUGGGUGUGCUGCUGAAGAAAUUUUGUUCCUGACUGAUAUAGUUAAAGAAGCGGAAGCGGCUAAGAACGCCGGUCUAUACGCAGCUGUUGUAAGCCGUGAAGGCAAUGCACCCCUUCCCGAGGAAUCGGCUAAUUCAUAUCCAGUUAUCAAGACCUUCAGUCAGCUCACGGCCUCCAACAAACGCAAGACCGAACCACAGGAGGAACAACCUGCAAAAGUUGCUAAAACAGACAUUAAUGAUGAUGUUAAGUCUUCGACGGAUUCAUCUUCCUCGUUAAAAGAGAAAGAAGUUGAGCCUGUUAAAAACGACUCGGAAUCAAAGAAUAUGGAGGUCGAUGAUGAGAGUUGCAGAUGA